AUGGCUCUUCCCGCCUUCUCUGUCACAGGAUAUGCCGUGGCGGCGUUGUUGAUUUAUCUUGUUUAUCGUGUAUCACAGGUUGGAAGCCGAGACAAGAGACUGCCACCUGGUCCUCCUACAAUUCCCAUUCUGGGCAACUUGCACCUGAUUCCUAAGUCCGGCUUGGGGAAGAAGCUGAAAGAAUGGGGAGAGACAUAUGGCGGCGUUUUUUCUCUCAAGUUCGGCAACAGCACUGUUAUUGUUCUAUUCGAUCGCAAGGCUGUGCAUCACCUUCUCGAUAAGAAAGGAAUAAUCUAUUCCGAAAGGCCAGACAGUUACGUUCCCAAUCUCGUCACGGGUGGUGAUAGCUUCGCAUUUAUGAAUAGCACAGCACUCUGGAGAGCUGAAAGAAAGGUGGCCGUCCACAAUCUUUCGCCGAAAAUGUUGGAGGAAAAGGUCGGACACAUUCAAGAUGCAGAAUCUGUCGUGCUUCUCGCGGAUAUACUUAAUAACCCGGAAGGCUACUACAAACACAUUAAGCGUACGACUUCAUCUGUGGCGAGUGCCGUCGUUUGGGGACAUCGAGGCCCUACCAUGGCCAGUUUCUGGGCUCAUGCUGUCUAUGAUGCCAUGGACAACUAUUCUGCAUCUCUUGAACCAGGCGCGAAUCCUCCAGCGGACGAAUUUCCUUUCCUGAAAUAUAUUCCCACAGCUCUUGCUUCAUGGAAGAAGCGCGCCCUAGGUUCGUACAAAUGCAUGGACGACACUUGGAACGAAGCCAGGCGCAGGGUAGAUGAACGGAGGGCAAAGGGUAUCAAGCGUGAUGCCAUCAUCGAUUCCAUUCUCGACGGAGAGAAACACAGCGACCUGGAUGUGACAACCAAGCAGAUGAACCAUUUCCUGGGUGUCGUUGUGGAAGGGGGAGCAGACACCACCGCAUCAGCCACGUUGACCUCGAUGCUGUAUCUGGCGCUGCAUCCCGAGUUCCAAGAAAAGGCUCGAAAACAGCUAGACGCUAUAUGCGGAACAAGCAGACUUCCUGCCAUCACCGAUUUCGAUGCCGUACCCUACAUAAACUGCCUCAUCAAAGAAGCAUUGAGAAUUCACCCAGUUCUUCCUCUCGGAGUACCUCAUCGUGUCAAUCAAGACGACUGGUUUGAUGGUAUGUUGAUCCCUAAGGAUGCUACUGUCAUCCUCCCCACCUGGGCCAUGCACUUGAGUGAGACCCAAGGGUACAAAGACCCAGAAAAAUACAAUCCGGACAGAUUCCUCAACUACAACAAAAUGGCAGACAGCUACGCUGGAAGUCCAGACUGGGAGAAGCGUGACCACUAUGCUUAUGGAGCAGGUCGACGAAUUUGUCCAGGUAUCCAUCUGGCCGAAAGGACGCAGUGGCGUCUCAACGCAAGACUCUUGUGGGCUUUCGACAUUCAACGGAAAAUCGACCCUCAGUCUGGCAAGCCAAUGCCCAUUGACCCGAACAAUUACCAUGAGGGCAUCGCGCAUACUCCUGUCGAAUUCCCGGUUGUUUUCAAGCCGAGAAGCCAAGCUCAUAUUGAUGUCAUCAGGAGGGAAAUGGCCAAUGCUGAAGAGUUUUUGAAGGCAUGGAAUGAUUAG